AUGGCAGAAGAGCUGCUGUUCUGUUUAUCUGAGUGCGACCCCAUUGUGACCGGCAGAGGAGUCCCCGGAGAGCGUGUGAAAACAAGUUCAGAUUUUACCCAGAAAGCUUUGCAAAUGGACCAAGGUGGAAAUAUGUCUCUGUGGUGUGAGGAGGAUGAUCAGAACCAGACUGAGGCACAGAACCAGCUCCAAAUCAGGGGUUCGGCUCAGCUGCGGGCCGCCUGGGACCCCAUCGUGUCGGGGCACCGUGUGAUCCAGAGGCUGCUGCAUGUAGAGGAGAGGUACAUGCCCUCCAUGCUUUACAUCAGCAUCAUCCAGAGGGACCCAGAGCGCCGGGAGGAGCUCGCUAAAUGGGCCCUGGAGGUGUGCUGUGAGUGCAGCUGUGACGAGGCUGUCUUCCCCCUGUCUGUCUCUCUGCUGGACAGGUUCCUGUCUAACUCUCUCUCCAUACCCGUCUCACCCUACUGCCUCGCUGCCGGCUGCAUCCUCAUCUCCUCCAAACUCACAGAGUGUGACAAUGUGACCGCCGACACGCUCUGUGCUGCGGCUGAAUACAGCUUCCAGGCUUCAAACCUGCUGGAAAUGGAGCGUGUCAUCCUCGCCACCCUCCGCUGGGACACGGCAGCAGUGACACCUCAGGACUUCCUCCCACAUUUCCUCAUCUCACUGAAGGAAAUGAGUGGGGUAGGAGAUGGCGGUGAGUCUGAGGGGGAGCUGCUCUCCACACUGCGGCGGCACAGCGACACCCUGGCUGCUAUGUGUGCCUGUGACUCUCGCUUUAUGGGAGCCCCUCCAUCACUUGUUGCUGCAGCCUCACUGAACAGUGCCCUGCGAGGUCUGGGCAACAAAAGCCACUUUCAGCUGGCUGCUAUGGGUGAAGCACUUGCAGAGCUCUGUCAGACUGACCUGGCAGUGCUGCAGUGCUACAGUGAGAUGAUCGAGUAUGCUCUCAGACAGCGGCUGAGGAGUGGGCUUCAGCAGGGCCCGAUGGAGAAAGAUGAAGAGGUGGAGACCGAAAGGCCUGGGACGCCCACUGACAUGAGAGAAAUUGAUUUCUAA